GUCACAAAAGAGGCAAGUGGAGGAACCAGGAUCAGAACUCACGUCUUCUGACUCCCGGACCCACGGUCCUUUCACUAGACCGCUCAGCAUCUCUUUCCCCUGCCUUCGGGCAGGGCCACAGUGUCCCUCUCCUGGAAGCUUGCCACGACUGAGUAGUUUUUGUUUUUUUCCUGUGGAAGAUAGAAUUAGCUUUACUGUGCUUGGGGGAAAACUCCUCUUUCUUCUCCCCACCCCCAAGAGAGGGAGUUCCCUUCAAAUCCUAGAAGAAUAAUUCUCCUGAAGACAUAUUACUGCGCCGUCCUUUAUGGAAAUCCUGCAUCUUCUUCCGAUCGCAGCUGUUCAACGUGUUUUUAGCAUCGGCAGUGUGUCGAAAAGGGGAAAGUCAGAGUUCUCGCUGUCAGUCGAGCAUGAGCCCCAGGUGGGACGAGGACUGUGCCCCCUCUGAUUAUAGGGACUAAAUGGUUAAUUGGCCACGUAGCGACCGAGCCCAGAACCCAAAAUGAAUAAUUCAACGUCCUUGAACUCCACCGAGGAUGGACUGGUUCUGGGGAGCCCCUAUAAAACCGUGGAAGUGGUGUUCAUCGUCCUGGUCGCCGGAUCCCUGAGCCUGGUGACCAUCAUCGGGAACAUCCUGGUCAUGGUCUCCAUCAAAGUCAACCGGCACCUCCAGACGGUCAACAACUACUUCCUGUUCAGCUUGGCCUGCGCGGACCUCAUCAUCGGCGUCUUCUCCAUGAACCUGUACACGCUCUACACUGUGAUCGGCUACUGGCCCCUGGGGGCCGUAGUGUGUGAUCUGUGGUUGGCCUUGGACUACGUGGCCAGCAACGCUUCCGUUAUGAACCUGCUCAUCAUCAGCUUCGACCGGUACUUCUGCGUCACCAAGCCGCUGACCUACCCGGUCCGGCGUACGACCAAGAUGGCGGGCAUGAUGAUCGCGGCGGCCUGGGUGCUCUCCUUCAUCCUGUGGGCCCCCGCCAUCUUGUUCUGGCAGUUCAUCGUCGGGGUGAGGACUGUCAAAGAAGGGGAGUGCUACAUCCAGUUCUUUUCCAACGCCGCCGUGACCUUCGGCACGGCCAUAGCCGCCUUCUACCUGCCCGUCAUCAUCAUGACGGUCCUGUACUGGCACAUAUCCCGGGCCAGCAAGAGCAGGAUCAAAAAGGACAAGAAAGAGCCGGUGGCCAAUCAGGAUCCGGUCUCGCCCAGCCUGGUCCACGGGAGGAUAGUGAAGCCCAGCAACAAUAACCUCCCCAGCGGGGAUGACAGGCUGGACCACGGCAAAGUGCAGAACGGCAAGGCCCCCGGGGAGGCCGGCCUGGAAGAUUGCAUCCCGGGGGAAGAGAAAGAGAGCUCCAAUGACUCCACCUCGGUCAGCGUCGUCGCUUCCAACGUGAGGGAGGAAGAGGUCGCCAGAGAGGCCGGUCAGGGGGCCGCCUCCCAGGGGCGCUCCAGAGGAGACAACUCCCAGUCCAAGGGCAUCCGUGUAGUGACCAAGACCGAGAAGGGAGACUGCUGUGCCCCCAUCCACGUUUCGGCGGAAGUCGCGGGGUCCCGGGGCCAGAACGGGGACGACAGGCAAAACGUAGUGGCCCGCAAGAUCGUCAAGAUGACCAAGCAGCCGGCCAAGAAGAAACCGCCCCCUUCCAGAGAAAAGAAAGUGACGAGGACUAUCCUGGCCAUUCUCUUGGCCUUCAUCAUGACCUGGACCCCGUACAAUGUCAUGGUGCUCAUCAAUACCUUCUGCGCUACCUGCAUCCCCAACACGGUCUGGACGAUAGGCUACUGGCUCUGUUAUAUCAACAGCACCAUCAACCCCGCCUGCUACGCCCUGUGCAACGCCACCUUCAAGAAGACCUUCAAGCACCUACUUUUGUGUCACUACAAGAACAUAGGAGCCACGAGGUAAAGGGUGACGAGGGAGAGAGCUUGGAAAAAUACAAGAAGGGGGAGGGACAGGGAAGGGGUGGAGGAGAAGGGAAGGACGGAUUCCCAGUUUUAAAAACUGCCACAGCACUUUACGCUCUUCAUACGGAACGGGCGGUCCCAGCGCCCGAUGGAGACAUUCACCGGGGGCCGGCCCUCUCUGCCGUCGCUGGAGGACUCCCCUUUGACGUCCUUUUCGGUCUGGGAUCGCUCCGGGACCGGGAAGACCGCUGGGAGGAUAGGAGCCGGUGGGCGGCGUGGACUUGCCGUACUGAUCAUGCUACCGUGCGGAAGGGCUUUCUGACUCUCCGGUUGUGUCCGUUCCUGUACAGUAACGAUACCCCCAUCCGUCCCCAUUUUGGGUUGUUUUUUGGAGGUUUUUUUGUUUAUUCCUAAAUGUCGGUCUGAAAAACAUAUAUGUACACAUACCAACCCGUUUGGAAAUCUGUUUGAUGAGUAGCAAAGAAAAUAAGUCAGGGAAACAAAGGGGCAGAGAGAGAGUCUGCUGAACUUGAGGAUAACUGGGUUCCUUUGGUCAGAAUCUGGCUUGGAGAAAGCGAAUGUAACUAGAGGCCGUGUUUACUCCCAUUUACCUCUUUCCCAUCACCCAAAGGAGUCCCACAGACAAAGCACCAGGAGAAAACGAUCUAAAACCCCAAGUGUUGGGAGAAUCUCCUGGCUUCUUUGGGGUCCGGCUGGCCAAGCUUGGACUGAGAAGAUGGGGAACUAACUCUGCCCUUUGAGCCAAAUUGGGUCCGCGAAGCCAAAGCUUUUGAGGACUUGUUCAUUUAAAGCACCUUGUAUCUCCUCGGCCUUCCCUGCCCCUAGACCUCGAUGUGACUCAACAACCUGCCCCAGGUACGAUGAUGAGGACACAAAGUCACCUGUGCAUUUAGGGCCUUCAUCAGAUUAGUCGUCGGAGAGUUUGGUUAGAAGAAACCGAUGGAGACCGUGUGGAUUGAUAUCACAGUUAUGAGCAACGGGCCACAGGGACCGAAGGGAUAGAGAUGAUGCGGGCCUGAAUGGGUUUGAGCACGUCUGACUGAUUCACCUGAAACGUUAGCAGAAAGAGGUACGGUCACGUAUUCAGAUCCAGUCGGUAGAGGGACACGGCUACUUCUUGCCUUGGAGGUUCCAGCUGACCAAACGUGCCCACCAUCGAAGUCCAGUAGAGUCGGGCCUCUAAAUCCGAGCCAACCUCCUCCUCCUCUCUCCCACCUCCCAGAUCGGGCGAGCAGGUGGCCAAUCACGGUUCAUGUGAUGAUCAGCAGGGGAGCCUCUAAGGGCUGGAGUGGGGAAAGUUGACACCUCAGGUGCUCCUUCGGGGGUGGCGUCCCCUAUAUUGGUGGAGCCUAAAGGUAACAACUGUCAUUCUGCUCGUCAGAUAUGGAAACUGGGAGAUGGAGCAGGGGCCUCCACUGUGAUGGGCAAGCAUAUGCUACCCAAUCUGUGUCCUUUUCUGCCAUAUUUCUGCAAUGCCAACUCCAGGGUCAUCACACCACCAUGAAAGGCAGGAGGCCAACUGUUUAAUCCCUGGAUUACCAGUCACCUCAAAUGCUUCCUGGCUCUGGCCCCAGACAGCAGAUUUCCAAGCCUUUCCUCUUCUCCAGGCCCUGUUGCUUUCGUGAUAGUCUGUAGCGGGACGGCGAUGAGAAAGGAGAGAGGAAUUUAAGGCAGUCCACGAAGAGAGCAGAUUCCAAAUGCCAUUCGAAUAUUGCCAAUUCUGUCUACAUUGGAUCUGCUUCAGGGUCCUUCUGGCUAUAAAAUAAUGAGUCCUUCUGGUAAUAAUGCCUGUUAUGGUCUAAAAGAAAACAGGACCAACUCAGAACAGUCUCACAAAUGAAUGUAGAUGGUUUGUCAGCUUCUCUGAGCUUCCACAGCCACACAGGGUGUUGCCAGGGACUUUAUUAUCCAAAGAGCGGCAUUAUAGAGUCCUUCCUAUUAAGAUGGGUCCAUUGUAAUCCAAAUGUAUGGAAGCGCUGUGCGGACUGACAUUCACCCGGGAAAAAGCCAGUGAUGUCCUAGGUUCUCAUUUGUGGUUCAAACACGUGAUUCAGUUAUAGAUGGGGAAAAUACCAAGAUACAUAGUCUUCCGAGCCAGAUUUCAAAAUGAUGGCCUUUUGCAUUCCCGGGAUACUCACCUAGGAAGCUUAAUCUUUCUUCCUUCAUAUCAAAUAGAGUGUGUCUCAUUAAAGGUAGCACAGACCCCCAUUUCAUGUCCAGAAGUGAGACUCCAAAUUUGGUACCUGACAGGAUGAGGAAACGGUCAGAUGUGACAUAGGGAGGUGAUCGUCUGACUUUUCAUUUUAUUGUGGUGUAGUUACCCUGCUGGGGAUGUCAAGCAAGGUCUCUAUUUAGAUCUAGCAUCAUUCCCAUGGACAGUAUUCAUGACGUUAUAAAUUCUCGUCCCGAUUAUAAGUCGUCAGAGGAAAUGAAUGCUCACCAGGGGUCUGACACAGUCUUGGUAGCUCAGUGACUCUAGAGCUUACAUGAUACUCUAUUAGUUGCGGGAGAGAGGGAAAUUUAGAGCCUCUGUGAUACUCUACUAGUUGGGGGAGAGUGAGUCUAGAGUUUCUGUGAUACUCUACGGAGGAAAAAUGAGUAUGGGAAGCUGAAAAGCUAGGUUCAGUAGGAACUUUUCCCCUUCUUGUAGAUUAAAGAAGCUCCAUCCCCAAAGGAUGGUGAGAAUACAAAUUCCAGAACGCUUUUUUUAUCCAGAAAGGUGACUUCUCCUAAAGCCUCUGCCAACUCUUGCCUCCCAAUAAAUGAGUUAUAUUUCUAAAGGGCUUUCUAGGGUUCACUGCUCUAAGGAGCAUCUUUCACCUUCUUCUCUUGACCUUCCCCAGGUCCCCAUUUUUGAGAGUAAGGCUACACUAUCCCAUAUCCAUCUGGAUUUUUGAAUAGAUCUUUAAGAUGAAAUGACAUUUUACUACAGCCCUGAAACUUUGUCUGUUUUAGUUUUGGUAUUUGUUAAGUGCUUCUUACUUACCAAGAGCUGGAGUAAAGAGAAGACAAUUGGAUUGAAUGGUCUGAGUCCCAUUGGAGACUCACAGUCUAAAGGGAGGGAAAACAGAUAUCUUUAUCUCCAUUUUACAGUUGAGGAAACUGAGGCCCUGGUGGGGUUAAGUGACUUGCCCAAGGGCCCCUAGCAGGCAAGUGGCUGAAAUGGAAUUCGAUUCCAGGUCUCCCCAGUCCCAGAACUCUGCUCUUUCCACUAGGUUACGGCUGCUUCUUGCUUCUCUGUCCAUAGCACGAGCUGGAGCCCAGAGAAAGCAUUUCAGCGCUUAGUACAGUGCUCUGCACACAGUAAGCACUUAAUAAAAACGAUUGAAUGAAUUUCAGAAAGAUCAGAGAGUUGGGAUUAGCGGAGCUUGAGGGUAUGUUCCGUUACCAUAGUGUCCCCAUUUGUUGGGUCAUUCCUAGUUUUUUUAGGUUAAUUAAUCUCCCUUUCCACAGUCUCAACACUGAAGACUCGAGAAGCUCCCAGUGUUGGUUGAAUGGUGCAGUGUAUUUUCAGCAUGUAUAUACAAUCCCAGGCCUCUUAACUGUGCUUGUCUUAACAGGGUGCACGCUGCAGCAUGGAUCGUGUGUGCAUUGGCUGUUAUAUUACUGGAAUGUGCUGUGUGCAUACAGUACACGCACUCUACAUGAAGUAACGGACGUGUACAGUGUGUAUCCAUAUCUGUGUAUGCAUCGAUAAACUGUACGCCCGAUCUUACUAUGUAAUAUGGCAUAUAUUGCAUAAGGAGAUGUGUCGAUCUGCUUUCCGAAUAGCAGAAGUAGAUGUUUGUGCUCCCAUUUAUUCAAGAGAUAUAAUAUUUGUUUUUUUUUAACAGAGAAGAGUCAAGCAAAUAAGGCCAAAACCAUACCUAUAUGAAACUGUUUUAUAAUCUCAAAUAGCAUGGCACUGAUUUUCAUUAUCUCUUAGAAAAAAGAAAGAAUAAAUCUACUGCUGAUCUAGA